AGAUGAUUAGCUUAGCUAAGCUUUGCGAAGGCUAACAGGAAGCUCGUACUUUCGUAGCUGUUAGCUAGUUACAAGUCCAACUUUUUAAUGUAAAUUAAAUAUGCUUUGGACAGGUAACAUUCACGCUGCCUGUUAUUUAAAAGGUUGACGUGGAAUUUAUUGUUAACCAGGGUCAUCUUUGCCAGCUAACGCUUGCCGUUUGUUUGGGUAACGAGGGCUUUAAGACAUGGCAGAUCAAACUACACAGUUUUGUGGUAACUGCAAGCAUGACAUUCCAGAGAGUAAUUUCACUACACAUGAGAUCCACUGUCGCAGAAACAUUGCACUGUGUGAUGUGUGCCAGGAGCCAGUGCCACGGGCUGAUCUGCAAGAGCACAAGCAACAGGAGCACAUACAAGUUACAUGCAAGUGUGGAUUGAAGAUUGAGAAGAAUCUAAUUGAUAGUCACCAGGCCUCUGACUGUUCUCAAAGGCUGGUUACAUGUGAAUAUUGUGAACUUGAUCUUGUAUUCAGCCAGUCCAAAGAGCAUGAGGAUUACUGCGGUGCACGCACUGAAACGUGCCAGCACUGCAAGUGUAAUGUAAUGUUGCGGGAGAAAGCAGUGCAUCCAUUUUUAUGUGGCAGCCUGACACCACCACAAGAGAGGAACAACAGCCGGACACUUCACAGUCCAGUAGAUCCAGCGUCUUCAAGUCCAUGGCUGGAAAACUUUUCCAUCCGAAACCUCCUAAAAGCUGAAGAGAGGGGUCUGAAGAAUAACAACAUAAGUGCAGCAGAACACCAAGCAUUUGCUCUUGAUAGCAGUGUUUAUGGCAGGAUAAGGGGACCACAAGGUUCAGCUGACUUGAAGGAUCCUGCUAUGAGAAAUUCAACAUGUGGGAACCUGCUGGAUCAGAGUGAUUUUCUUGGUGGCAGCAGCAGUGUAUGGCCACAUGGUGAAGUAGAUGAGGACUCGUCAGGCCUGGACUACCUGUUGGCUCUUAGCCUGCAGGGUGAUGGCGAAUCAGUGGGUGGAAGUGUAGAGGGAGCCCUAUGGAGAAAUAUCUGGGACCGCAACAUUGGGACAACCCAAAACACCUCUGUUGUCUCACAACCCUUUCCCUCAAACAACAACUCCCGUGCCACUACGGGCACAACCACAACUUCCUUCUUGGACCAAGAUCAAACAGAUGCCAUGCUACCUUGUGAAUUUUGUGAAGAACUCUUUCCUGAAGAGGAUCUAAUUUUACAUCAGACCGGGUGCAGCCCAGCCUCAGCCUUUGCAUCUUUCAGUAAGCAGCCUUCAUUUCCACCUACUGAAGACAGCAUGAGCAGGAAUUCUUCAGGGCUGAUGCACUGCCUACCAGACACCCUUGCUUCCAACAUUCCAACUUUCCCUCGUUCUGUAUCCCCACCUUCCUACAGCCCCCCAGCCAGUCCACUAGAGGGUGAUGUGGUAAUUCCAUGUGAAUUCUGUGGUGUGGCUCUAGAAGAAGCUGUUGUCUUCCACCAUCAGGACAAAUGCGAUAUGCGCCCUCAGGCUGUCCAUCCUUUGAAUAAUACAACAAAAACAUUGAUUAAAAAUGUUAAAGACAGCAGUGGUGGUCGGAAUUCCCCAGAUUUUCAAAGAAGAAUAAGGCAUCAGGCUGACUUCUUGGAUGAGGAUUUUGCAUUUGACAGGGAGGCAUCAUUCAGAUCAAGCUUAGGGGAAUGGCAAAGAGGCUACAUUGGACUCCCAAGUCAAAGGAAAAUGUCUAACUGUGACAGACUUCAGCAGCAUGACAGAGACACAGAAGGAGGUCAUUCAUGUCAGAAUGAAAAGUCUGGUUCUACACAACUGAAAGGACUACAUCUACCAGAAAACGAAGGGAGAGGGAACAGGCGGAAUCCCAUGACAAAGUUGCCCAAGAAGCAGAAUGAUCAGCAAGAAGAGUGAGAGCAUAAUUAAAAGAAAAGGUGCUCAUUGUAUAUCACAUUUUUUUUUUCCAUUUAUGCUUUUGCACAUAAUUAUGUACACACAUGAUAAGUGCCUGUGUGAUCACUAGUAUCUUACAUUUAGAAUUUUAUUAUU